AUGCUAGUCGUGGCGGUCGCUGCUGGCGUCUCGGAUGAGUCUGUCUUCCUGCCGCUUGCGCUCGCGGGAGUUCUUGCGCACUUCUGCAACCAACCCCAGCAAUUUUCGUCCUGGACUUUGUCGUCUGUGGUCGUGUACCUGACGAGCACCUGCAACGUGGUCUUCGGCAUCGGAGCCGCGAGUGUUCUAAUUUACAUUUGGGGCUAUGCUACGUUCAAGACUCGGCGGCGAAGACGCAUGCAGCGACGAGCUCUCGUCCACUAUAGAGACCACCGAGCUCGUCAAGCAACAGUUGAACUCGACCACUUUCAUAUUCCGAAUUGGAUGCGCUAUCCCGAUGUGGAUCAAGCCGAGUGGCUCAACAAGGUGUUCGUCGCUGGCUGGCCGUAUCUGAAGAAAGCUAUCGAGAACUCAGUGAAUUAUGCCUUGAAGCCCGUUCUGGAAAAGCAAAAGCCUGCCUUCAUGAGCGCGUUGACUCUCGCGCACUUAGACUUGGGGUCGGAUGCCCCAAAAAUCUGCGGAGUCAAGUUCGUGUCCGCUAACACGCUCACGGACGAGGUGACGCUGGACGUCGGGAUCCGCAUUGUCGCCAACAAGAAGACCUUUGCCGCCGAUCUGAAGAUGGUCUCGCACGUGGGGGCAACCGUCUAUCUGUCGCUGCGGGACCUGCUGCUUGUCGGUACCUUGCGAGUGACGCUCAACCCGCUGGCCGACUACUGGCCGUGCUUCGGUGGACUCAACCUGUCCUUCACUGAUCGACCAGUGCUCGACUUCUCGCUCACGGCCGCCAAGAUCAACAUCGCCAACGUGCCCUUCGUCUCCGAGUGGCUCCACGCGUUCCUGUACGACCUGCUGCUCGACAACUGCCUGUGGCCCAACGUGCUAGACAUCCCGCUCUGGGAUAAAGACGGAACCCCCGUUCAAGGCGCGUCGGAAUGA